AUGAAUACAAUACUCUGCCUAGCGGCUACACACCUAGCGACUGAGGUCCCCGAGGGCACUCGAUAUAGCUACGUCGCUCGUGGUCUCCUGGGGCGAUCUGCCUCGCUCUUUAGUGAACAGCUGUCGUCCCCCGUUACGGCGGAUAACAGCGAGGCCCUGAUUGCCACGUCCAUGCUUAUGCAGUACAUUUCAUGGAGCAGUUUGGAUUUUCUGGGGGAGAUGAAGGUCAACCACGAGGACAUGUCCCAAGGAGACAUUUUCAAACAAAACCACACCAUCGACGUGGACGGCGAGCCGUAUUAUCCUCAUCUUCUGAGCCAACGUCUCUUGCAAGAUCCCCUGGUUCAGUUGAGCUCUGGAGUAUUCGGUAUCGUUUGUGAAACAUAUCCCAUUUUAUGGUCCACCGGAAGCGAUUUCUUUGCGGCGACAAUCUACAGCCCGCGACACGUGCUCGAAGAGGCUAUUCGACAACACGGCCAAGACCCUGACAGGUACGUCAGUCAUUUCAUGACCAUUUGGGAUGACCGCCGACACCGAGAGAACGAGGUGACCGACAAGUCUCACCUCAGCACGUUUCCAAAGCCACCAAUUUGCCCAGCUGUUGGGCCGAAACCAUUAUCACCAACACAAGACAGGUCGAACGCAACCAGCAGCUCAAGCGAAACAGAGGACUCGCACCGGAAACGUUUUCGUCGUAUUGCCUCGAGGCUUUCUCUUAUGUUCUGUCUUGUAUCUAUGAUUCGUGGUUCCUGGAUACCCAGAGCAGAUUACGACCCACGGUUCCUGUCAGCAGUGAGCGAUGGCCUGGCAGAGCUUCAGCCUGAUAUUGAGCGCUGCUGUUUCUUAUUUCCUGUACUCUCCGGUAACCUUCUUCGCAAUCUUGUCAGCCAAGAUGACUCGAGAGCUUUGAUUUUGCUCGGUCAUUUCUAUCGCGCCGCCCGCAUUCUAUUGACGAGCCAGUCUGCAUGGUGGGCUCGUCAGAGAAGCACAAUCAUGGAAGAGACGAUCUUGAAAGAACUAGCAACGAGAGGACUAACGUCUUACAUGCUGGAUGUAGAAUAG